AUGAGUAGUACUAUAGACCAACCGAAUGAGGCGCUGCCAGGUUUACCUCUACCAGAGGGUAUCGUGGAGGACUACAUCGACUGCUCCACAUCAUGCGGUCUUAAAUGGCACAUCCUAAAAGCUGGCGAGCCUGGCAAACCUCUCGUGCUUUUCUGCCACGGGUUCCCAGAGCUCGCGUACUCAUGGCGUAAAGUGCUGCCCGCAAUCGCUAAAGCAGGAUACUACUGCGUCGCGAUGGAUCAACGCGGUUACGGGCGAACAACAGGGUGGCCGCAAAAACAACCCUUUGAGGCGGUUGACCUGAAUGACUUCGUCUUCACGAAUCUAGUGCGUGAUCUGGUGUGUCUAGUAUAUGGUCUAGGGUAUAAAACGGUAUACAGCAUCAUCGGCCACGACUUUGGUGGCGUGAGCUCCGCCAUGGCCGCGCUUAUACGUCCAGACAUGUUUCUUUCCACCAUUCAAAUGAGCCAUCCGCACCACCGGCCCGCGGAACCUAUCUCUCCCCGGGAAAAGGGGGAAAUAAAGAAGGUAGAUAUCCAGGCCGAGCUAGCGAAACUUGCCCAGCCCCGGAAGCAUUACAAGUGGUACAACUCGAGCCCGAACGCCGCCCGGGACUGGGAGAACCCAUCACAAGGCCUUAAAUCAUUCCUCCGCGGGUAUUUCCAUCUGAAGUCGGCAGAUUGGGAAGCCAACAAGCCGCAACCCCUGACGAAGUGGAGCGCUCAGGAACUAGCACACAUGCCCGAGUAUUAUAUCAUGCAAGCAGAGCACUCGAUGCCCGAGACAGUGGAAUAUAACAUGGCAAGCGAAAACUAUUAUAAGACAGAGCGAUGGCUCUCAAUAGAGGAUAUGAGGGUAUAUUCCAGCGAGUGGGAGCGGACGGGCUUCCAAGGCGCGCUGAACUGGUAUCGGGCGCAGACGGCGUCGACGAAGCAGUCGGCACGAGACAUACUCUUGUUCUCAGGGCGCAGAAUCGAGGUCCCGUGUGUUUUUAUUAGUGGGAAGCAGGACUGGGGUAAUUACCAGCAGCCGGGGGCGCUUGAGGGGUAUGAGGACCCGCAAGUUGUUAAGGAGGGCUGUUAUAGGGGUGCGAAGUUUGUGGAUGGUGCUGGGCAUUGGGUACAGCAAGAACAGCCUGAGGCUGUGAUUAUGGAGAUUUUAGCAUUCUUUAAGACCCUAUGA